AUGGCGACGACCACUUCCAAUCGGCUACUCGACAAUUUCGACCUUCUAUUGUGGAUCCAACAGCGCCCUUUCACAUCCUUGUUCACCCUUUUCGUCCUCUACAUCACCUACAAACUCACGCUCAAACCCAUCCUGUUCCCGUCACCUUACCGCCACCUGCCCCGCCCAGAACGAGCCUCGUACAUCCUCGGUCAGCGUCUCGUCGAAGCCAAAGGUCUCACCUACACCGACCCCUCCACAUCCGAGCCCGUCACCGUCUCCGGUCCUGGCGAAGUAUGCAAGCACUACACCCGAUCCCUCGACGCCUCCAUCUUCGUCUUCCCCGAACCCUUCGGCGGCGAGACCAUCUUCAUCUCCGAUCCCUUCGCUCUCAACUACAUCCUCUCUGAUGUCGACAAGUUUCAGUCCGAUCUGCUCCGCACCACCGUCAUCAAGUUCAUCGUCGGCAACGGUAUUGUGGCGCGCUUCGGCGAUGCGCAUCGAAAGCAGCGCAAGCUCAUGGCUCCCGCCUUUACGCCUGCUCACAUCAAGGGGUUGACUCCGAUCUUUGCUAAGUACGCAGAGAGGAUGUGUGACAAGAUUGCUACGGAGGGGAAGGAGAGUGUGGAUUUCGGAGAGUUUUUGGACUGUACGAUGCUGGAUAUCAUCGGAGAGGCUGGGUUUGGGUAUCCGUGUCGAGCGUUGGAGAAGGGCAGGGAUGGGUCGGAGUUGAGCAGCGCUUUCAACGCGGUCAAUCAGGCUGCGAUCGAUUUCGGGCCUGCUAGAGCGAUCCAUUUGGGCUUGAGUGCGCUGCUUUAUCCGAAGGCAUCGACGUGGCCCUUGUCGGAAGCGAAUCGGAGGAUCGCCAAGGUGAACACGGUGAUGGAUAGGAUCUCGAUGCAGAUCGUCAGGGAGGCAAAGGAGAGCGUUGAGAAGGAGGGGGAGGAUCUGGGCGACAAGAAGGAUCUGCUUUCGCUCUUGAUCAAGAGCAACCUCGACGCGGACAAGGGCGCCAGGAUGACGGACAAAGAGAUUGCCGGUCAGAUCCAGACGUUCAUGUUUGCAGGCUACGAGACUAGCAGCGUAACCACCUCUUGGGCGCUCUACUUCCUCGCUCAGCAUCCCGAAGUGCAAACGAAACUACGCGACGUCAUCUCGACAACUCUUUCAGAACGUCACAACCUCACGCUCGAGGACUUCACCCCUUCUCUCCUGUCGUACGACGACAUCUGGUCCCCCACCCUCCAGUACCUCGACUUCAUCCUCGCCGAGACGCUCCGCCUCUGCCCACCCGUACCCGGUAACGACCGUCAGGCGACCACCGACUGCGUGCUGCCCCUCAUGACCCCACUCACCCUCUCCACCGGCCAGACUGUCUCCUCCCUCCCCAUUACCGCCGGCACGCGCCUCACCAUCGGCAUCAAGACCGUCAACGCCAACCCCGCCCUCUUCGGCCCCGACUCGGACUCCUUCAACCCAGACCGUUUCUCCCACCUUCCCUCUACCCACGCGGACGCAAAACUCCCCCCUUACCUCACAUACUCCUUCGUAGGCGGGCCCAAGAGCUGCAUCGGUGCCAAAUUCGCUCUCACCGAGAUGAAGAUCAUCAUCAUCUCGUUGCUAGCUCGCUUCGAGCUGCUCCCAGAACCGGGAGUGACGGUCAAACAGCAACAGGCUCUCAUCGUCAGACCAAGAGCCGAAACCUCCGAUGGCACUACGACCGCUGGCAUGCCGCUUCGCAUCAAGAGGCUGAACCACAAAGCUUCCACCUAG